UACUCCAUUUGGACUGCUCUCUGGGUCACAUGGAAUGUUUUCAUUAUCUGCUUUUAUUUGGAAGUAGGUGGUCUAUCUAAGGAAACAGAUCUCAUGACCUUUAACAUCUCAAUGCAUCGAUCUUGGUGGCGAGAACAUGGGCCUGGCUGCAUACGAAGAGUGGUGCGCCCUUCAGCUCCUGGAAUCAUAGAUGAUGUUUCCUAUGUCUCUGUGACAGGUUGCAUAAUUGACUUUCAGUACUUAGAAGUUAUUCAUAGUGCCAUCCAAAUUCUACUCUCCUUGAUUGGCUUUGUUUAUGCCUGUUAUGUGAUUAGUGUUUUUAUGGAAGAAGAGGACAGCAGUAAAUACUGA